GCCAAACCGAGCUGCCGUAGUGCGUCACAUGUUAACCAGGGUUGAUGCUACCGAAAGCUUGACAACAUUUUGAAAGUCGAAGGAAAAAACGAAGAAUUACUGAGAUAACUGUUCUGUCGUUGUUGGCACUCUGUGCUUUGCUUUGAAAUGUCGUAACAUCUCCGUGUAUUGUUGAUAAAACACACCAGGUAAUGGUUUGUUUAUUCUGACAAGCUAAUGAAGCUAGCCUGUUUGCUAGCCAGGAAGAGUUGACAUCUCACUGUUGGCUUCAGGUUAGCUAACAUUGUCAACAUAGGAGCUAAAAUAAAGAGUGCUCCAGAUGCGGCUAAAGGACCCCUUCUCUUUGAAAGCCGCCGAUAUGACUAAGCGGACUAAUAAACCGAGGAAACCUCGAGAUGAGGAGUCAUCAGAUGAAGUCAGUGGGUUGACUUGCCAGCAUGUGAGUAAGGCAGUAGACCUGAGCUCAGUGAAGAAAUCUGUGCUGUCCAGCGUGUGGUUGGUGUGCUCUGAGUGCCUAAAGGAGAGGACCAUGAUUGAUGGAGAGCCAGCAGCAUCCCAUGACAUCCUCGUGUGCUUAAAGUGUGGUUUCCAGGGCUGUAACCAGACAGGGAUCCAGCACGCUGUCAAGCACCACCAAGCGUUACAUCCAGAGUCUCACUGCAUCACUAUCAGCUUGAGCACGUGGAAGGCCUGGUGUUUUGAAUGUAAUGAGGAGCUCUCCACUCACUGCAACAAGAAGGCUUUGGCUCAGACCCUGGACUUCUUACAAAAGCACUCUGUCAAGGCAACAUCAGGAGCUUCACCCAAGGUCAUCAAAUUUCAAGAGGAACCAUCAGAUUAUACAGACCCACCCAAAGGAAAGAGUCCAGCCAUUAACAGCACGUUGGUUCCUGUUAAAGGCAUAAAUAACCUUGGUAACACUUGUUUCUUCAACGCUGUUAUGCAGAACCUGUCUCAGACACACAUGCUAAUCGACCUCAUUCAGGAAGUGAAGGAGAAAGGUUACAAACUUAGGAUCUGCCCUCCUGUCGAGACCAAUCUGAGUCCAUUGACAGUAACGCUGCCCAGUCCAGAGCCCCUGACUUCGGCCAUGUUCCUCUUCCUCCAGAGCAUGAAAGAACCAGGAAAAGGGCCGCUCAAUCCCAAGAUCCUCUUCAACCAGCUCUGCCAGAAGGCUCCACGCUUCAAGGGCUACCAACAACAAGACAGCCAGGAGCUUCUGCACUACCUAAUGGACUCCAUAAGAGUAGAGGAAACUAAAAGGGUGAAAGCGGGAAUCCUGAAAGCUUUCAACAAUCCCACAGAGAAGACCGCAGAUGAGGACACCAAACGCAAAGUCAAAGCAUACGGGAAGGAAGGUGUGAGGAUGAACUUCGUUGACCGCAUCUUUGUAGGCGAGCUGACCAACACAAUAAUGUGUGAGGAGUGUGAGCAUAUCUCCACAGUGAAGGAGGCUUUCAUAGACAUCUCUCUACCCAUCAUAGAGGAGAGGAUAUCAAAACCAUCAAACCCUGGUAGGCUGGGGAAGGGCAGCCGGGAGCAGGACACCCACAUGACUCACAGCGACCAGGUUCCUUUUGCGGUGCACUCUGUCAACAGAAACACCAGGAAGCUGAGCGGACAGAAGCAGCAGAGCAGGAGGUCUUCGAGCUCUGUGGAGGAGAAGGGAGCAGGCUGCAGUGCGGAGCGGCCAGAGGAGGAGGGGGUAGCUGGUGGAUCGGCCCGCGGCAUCUCAGUUUGCAAGAUGGCCGCUGCCGGCAGCCUAUCAGAUGGCAGUGAAAGAGACUCUGGUGCUCAGGACAGCAGUAAUGACGCUGACAGCGAGGCCUCAGAGAGCGAGUGGGCCCCACGCACCCCCUCCUCCAGCCACAGCCACGGGCACAUGUCCACCCCAUCGUCCACCUCCACCCUCACUCCAUCACCUACGCCCAUCUCCGCCUCCUCCCCCUCACCAUCAUCCUCCACGAGGCAAGGUGGCGCUGUAGAACAGCUAGUUACUGCAGUGUCUAAAGUCAACCUCGGGUUCACCUCUGCGGACUGCUCUCCUUCUACACGCUGUUCUCCAGAAGAGCAGGGAGAAACACAGUCACGAGACAACCUCCACCAUCAACACCACCAGGGGGCCUUCCAGGUGCUGUCCCACAGUUACACACCCAGCUCCAAGGAGUGCUCCAUCCAGUCCUGCCUCCACCAGUUCACCUCUGUGGAACUGCUGAUGGGCAACAACAAGCUGCUGUGCGAGAGCUGCACUGAACGCAGACAGAAACAGCUGCGCAAGAGCGGCUCAGUCGAUAAGAAGGUGGAGAAAAUGUACACAAGCGCUAGGAAGCAAAUGCUGAUCUCCUCGCUGCCCCCUGUCAUCACGUUGCAUCUUAAACGCUUCCAUCAGGCUGGGAUGAACCUACGAAAAGUGAACCGCCAUGUUGACUUCCCUCUGAUCUUGGAUCUGGCUCCAUUCUGCUCGGCGUCCUGCAAGAACCUGGCAGCCGGUGAUCGCGUCCUCUACAGCCUGUAUGGGAUUGUUGAACAUAGUGGCUCAAUGCGGGGGGGCCACUACACUGCUUAUGUGAAAGUCCGUGCUCCCCAGAGGAAAACAGAACAGCACCACAGGAACCUAUCAGGUGCGAGGGAUGCCGGUGGCAGCUCCCAGGGCCAGUGGGUGUACAUCAGCGAUACCACCGUUCAGACAGUACCAGAGUCAAGGGUACUCAACUCUCAGGCAUACCUUCUCUUCUACGAGGAGAUGCUGUAAUGUGACACAGGAAAAUACUUUUCCCAAGAUCUCUGUUUAGCUUUGUGUUGUUACAUGCCUGUACUACUCCUCUUACUGUAUCUGUGAGUAGGUCGAGGGAAGAAAAGGGAAAGACUUCACUGUACACUCACUUGUCUUACAUAAGAGGAAUGACCCUUGUGUCUUUUGCAUACAGAUUCUCAGUUCAAAUUGGCACUUGAAUAUCUUGAUGUGAAUAUCUUAGAUAUAUAAAAGAUAAUAUUUUCUGCUUUGAUAUAGCCCAGAUUUUCAUUCAUGUUUCCUGUUUUAAAAACCCUACCCUUUAUAAAGAGGCCGGGAGAAAGGAGGGUUACUGAAUCUGAGCUGUUCUUAGUUUAUUCUCUAUCUCUGUCACAAUUCUGUGCCUGAGAUAAGUGCAUGGAAGAGUUUGCUACAGUAACUAACAGGAAGUAAUGCAGAAUUAUCGCAUGCUAAACUGCUCUCAGCACUGACUAGUUGAUGUCAAGUGUGUGUGUGUGUGUGUGUGUGUGUGUGUGUGUGUGUGUGUGUGUGUGUGUGUGUGUGUGUGUGUGUGUGUCAUAUGUGUGUGUAUACAUACACACACAUAUGAGUGAAUGAAUGAGACGGGAGAAUGUAGAUUUAAGGUGCUAUGUGUAUCAUUGGCACAUCAGUAAACCGUUGCCACAUUCAGUUUGAGUUAGUGUUAUAUUUAGUAUAUUUAACAAAUACUCAGAGCCACCAUGAUGAAGAUUUGCUUCUCUGUCCGCAUUCUACAAAAGAUUUUCCAUUGUGUGGCAGUGGCUUAGGUUUGUUAAGACGGUGCUUGAUUGUUUCUGGCAAUGGCAGAAGAUAGAUGGUAAGAAAUGGCAAGAGAAAAAUGAAUUCAGACAUGUUUGUCCUUUUCAGUAAAGAGAAUGGCACAUGAGGACAAGCAGCAACAUCAUUUGUGACAGUUUAUGGGAAACAUGGUUGUACAUUUGAGAAAGUCGAGUACUAAUAAUACAGCACCAAUGGUGUUAAAUAGUAGCUAGUAAUUAUCUCCGCCUUUUCCGAUUUAUUUAUCAUAAUAAUAAUAACCAAGCCAUCACAGCUUACGGUAGUUUUCAUUGACAUACUGGUUUAAAUUGCUACACAUAGCACCUUUAGGGAGUAGCACAACAGUUAUUUUACAGCCUACUUUGAAUGGAUUGUUCUUUUUGUACAUCAGAAUGUAUAAAUGUAAGACUAUCAGUGAAUUACAUUUUGCCAAAGACGAGUUUUGCAGCUGCAAGUCAGAGCAGGAGAUCACAACCAAACACGCAAGGAGUCUACUUCACACAGAGUGUUUCUUUAACAUUUGUUCUCUCAAGGUCAUCAGUAUGGUUCUCGAGUGGCAUUGGACAAACUAACGUACUCGAUGUUUAUCAGACCAACAAAGCACCUUGUCUGCCUUCAUUGUAUUUCAGCUCUACUGUAAUUGUGUAGGCGCACACGCAAACCCAUUUAAGAUGUUCAACAAAGAGUCAGUGCUGUGACAGACUGACUUAAUUCCCUAAUACUAUCAGUAAGGUAGAGCCUACAACAAAAUAUAUUAAAAAAGAAACUCAGGCUUAAUGCCUGAAAAGAAAAAAACAUCUUUGCUGUAAUGUGCAUGGGUUAAUGUUCUAAUGAAUGUAUUGCCUAUUCUUAAAAUGUCUACGUCACACGAGCUGUUCAUCUUUUUCUAUGAAAAUAUUUUAGAUGAAAACAUUUUCCUUGCGUGUUGGACAUUUGCCAAAACAGUAGGAGGGAAAGGGUUGAACACAUGCGUCAGAAUCUAAAGGUUUAUUAUUUUCUUUUGAAACGAGGACAAAUUCAGUGCCUAUGCUUCAGGUCAAAGAAACCUGUGCAUGGUGAGAAGAAAAACAUAUGCAUAGUCAAAUGCAAAGAGGGAUAUGUGUGGCAUAUUUAUGUACAGUAUAACUUACUGUAAGCAGAAGUAAUAAUGAGUAUAUGUAACUGUACAUACUAGAAACAACACAAAAUCAUGGUGCUUAUGGCGUGCAGGGUUUUUCCUCAGAACAGAAUUGUUUCCAGAAAAUCAUUUAAUUUCACUUACGAAAUGAAAAAUUUGGAAUGAGUAUAACUAAAUACUGUAUCAAAAUAAAUCUAAUUUAUGAACUGAA